AUGGCUGACUCGAUUCUGACAAGGAAGCGGGACUUGAUUUACUUGGUCUUCUUUAUCACGCACCUACCGGUGAUGUUAGCGUUCGACCUCACCGCCUACUACCCCAUCAACAUCAAACCCCUCUGGAUGGGCGACCUCCGCACCUGGUACGUCGCCACCUACGGCGACCGCUUUUUCUACAACCCACCAGCCUGGUUCGGCGUCCUCACCUUCCUCGAGCUAGUCUACCACCUGCCUCUCACACUCUGGGCCAUUCCCGCGCUUGUGCGCAACGACCCCCGCAUUCCCCUGGCUCUGCUAGUCUUUGGCAUGGAGACGAGCAUCACGACGCUGGUUUGUCUGGCGGAGAUGUGGAGUUGGGAGGAGUUGAGGCCAGAGCAGAGGGGGUUGAGUGGGUUGGGGGGCAUGUAUGGGGGGUAUUUGGCACUGGGGGUGUUUAUGACGUUGGAUUGCUAUGCGAGGUUGGAUCAGUGGAUUGCGAGGCAGAAAGGAUUGGUGCCUGUUUCGAAGAAAAAGCUUUGA